AUGGGUAAAAAAUCCAUAGAGUCUUUCGGUAAAAAAAAUAAUAAUACGGACCCAAAUUCUGAAUCCAAAAACAAUAAAAAAUUGAAAGGCGUAAAACGGAAAAGUUAUAAUAAACUGAAUAGUUUUACUGAAGAUAAAAUUUUGAAAAGCAAUAAAGAGAAAAUUCUUAAAAAGCCUUCAGAAGAGCAAAUACAAAUACCCUAUAAGAAAUUAAAAACAGAAAUUAAAAAUUCUAAGGUGACGGAAGAUAUAGAUAAUGUAUCAAAGAACCGGAAACAGUGUGUUAAUAAUAAAGUAUUGAAGGAGAUCACAGCAUUAGGUGGAUCUAAAUCUGAUUUAAAAUUAAUCGAAAGUGUUGAUAGUGAUAUCGAGAGCAAUGAUGGGAAAAAGUCAAUAAAUGAUGAACGAUUGAAAGCUGAUUUGAAAAAAUUAAUGAACGGUGAUGAGAAUGAAGUCAUCGAAGAUAGUGAAUAUGACGAAGAUGAAGGAAUGGAAAUAUUGGAAAAACAAGAGGUCGAAUUUAAUAAACCAAAUCGAUUUUGGUAUAACAUUAAAGUACAACCUCUUUCAGAUUCGAAAGAAAGAAAAAUAACUGAUAAAAUUAUUUCUGAUAUGUACGAUAAUGCGUUGAAUCUUUUAAAUGAGGAAAAUAAUGCAUAUGAAGCUAUUCGUUCACGUCGUAAUGCUUCAGAUCGUUCCUUUUAUGCUACUAUGUUAAAAUCCGGAACUUUAAAGGAUAGAUUGGCUACUCUUUCAGUUCUUGUAGAAGAAUCACCUAUGCAUGCAAUAAGAGCACUAGACACGUUGUUUAAAAUGGCCAAGAAAGAAAAUAGAAAUGAAGCCGUUCAAGCUGUUGAAAGCCUAAAAAAUUUAAUGAUUGAGUUAUUAUUACCUCCUAAUCGGAAAUUAAAAUUUUUCCGUGAUCAGCUCAUAUAUAAAGAAAAUAUAUCAAAUAAAAAUUUAAUUUUAUGGAGCUUUGAAGAUUAUUUGAAACGAAAAUAUUUUGAAUUAAUUCGCAUAAUUGAAAUAUUAUCAUAUGAUGUCGUAAUAUAUGUAAAACUUCAAAUCUUGGGAAUUAUUUUUACAUUAUUCAUGGAGAAACCUGAACAAGAAUCUAAUUUACUGAAAUUAUUAGUGAAUAAAUUAGGAGAUAAUGAAAAGAAAGCGGCUUCAAAAGCUUCUUAUCUUAUCGAUCAAAUCUUUCCUAAGCACCCUUCAAUGAAAAAGAUCGUUAUUCAAGAGAUAGAGCAAUUAAUUUUAUCUCCUGCAGCAAAUAAUCACGCUCAAUAUUAUGGAGUUAUCGCGUUAAGUCGCAUCAUUCUAGCAAGACGAGAUAAGGAAGUAGCUAAUAAAUUAAUAGAUAUUUAUUUUGUCUUAUUCGCAAAGUUGUUAGAAACCAAGGAUAAGGAAAUCAAACAUGAUAAAGUUUCUCGGUCUAAAACUAAAAAAAGGGAUAUACACGUGAUUGAAUUUGAGGAUGCAGUGGAUUCUAAAAUGAUUGCAGCUCUUUUAACGGGAGUAAAUAGAGCUUAUAAGUUUGCUCAAGUUGAUAAUACUGUAUUCGAAAAACAUUUAGAUGUUCUAUAUCGUAUAACAUAUGUUGGAACGUUUAAUAUUAGUAUACAAGCACUUAUGUUGAUAUUCCAAGUGUCUUCAGACAGAGAGUCAUUGUCUGAACGUUUCUAUCGAGCUUUAUACCACUCCUUAUUAGAUCCGCGUCUGGUAAAAACUUCGAAACAUGCAUUGUACUUGAAUCUUUUAUACAAAGCUUUGAAAUCUGAUCCCACAAUUGUACGAGUCGAGGCUUUUCUGAAAAGAUUGGUGCAAAUUUGUGGUCAUCAUGAACCGCAUUUUAUAUGUGGUGCUCUAUACCUAUUAGCUGAGCUAAUUGUAGCACGACCAAUCCUUCGUCCUUUUAUUGUCCAAUCUGCGAAUUAUGACGAGGAAGGAAAUAAUGAUAAGCCGAGUGAAAAAAAUGAUGAAUCGAGUACAAAAAAUGAUUUGUCCAUAGAAAGUUGGAAAGAUGACACACAGUACGAUGCAAGAAAACGAGAUCCUCAGUAUAGUAAUGCUGAUAAAACAAGACUUUGGGAAUUGAUAAUUAAUGGACAACCUAUAAGUGGACAUUCAGAACUUCAUCUCCAUACAAUUACACAUUUCCUGGAUAAAUUUGUAUUUCGCAAUCCAAAGAAACAUGAUAAAGUUAAGGGUAGUAAUCCGUUACUUCAACCUACAGUAACAUCAGAGCCAGGAAGAGUGGUAAUUAAAAAGGGUACUGGAAUUUCUAAAGAUGAAUUGAACGUAAAUUCCAAAAAAUUUUGGACAAUGGAAUUGAAAGAUGUACCAGUAGAUCAGAAACAUGCUGGUAAAGAUUUACAAAAAGUUAAGAAAAAUAAACAAAUUUCUGAGGAAAAUUUUGAACUUGAUGAAGGUGGUGAAGAUUACGAGUCUGACAUAAAUUCUGUUGAUACUUCAAUAGAUAAAUAA